GACUGCGACGGCGAACCUUUUCGUGCUGUAGCGAUGGAAACGAAAAGCUCUGCCUCGAGUGAAAAGGCUUGGCCCGCCGUCGCAUCCGCCACCGUGACGGCCCGACGGUAGGAAUCCCGGCGGAGCGUGACGGGCAGACGGAGCAAGGACGGCGUCAGGACGGAGCACAGGGUAAAAAAGAGCGAGUCACGACGACGGAAGGCCGGAAAGCAAAGCAGCGAGAACUGACAUGCACUCGGCACGCAGACGGCGCCACAUGGUCACGAAGCUUUUGAGUCAGUGUCGAUGACGUGGCAGCGGGAGUCUGGUCUGGCGGACAGCGAGGAGGGGAGUCGAUGGAUCUCCGAGCUUUGGAAGGAGCCCGGAUUUGAACCCGCUGUUCGACGCGGGGGAUUGCGGAGCAGAGAGCUGGAAGGACAGAGACAGAGACGAGACGAGCAUGAGCAUGCAACGAGCUGGCCUCUUCUGACAUCGUAUCUGCUUGCGCUUCUCCACGCUGCCACGUGUGUGCUGACCUGGCAAUCGGCAUUCUGGAGAACCUGCGAAAAAUCCAUUCGCACGAGACGGGUCCUGCUUUUCUUCAUCGUCGUCACCGGUUGUUCAAAUUGUCGAUCUUCCGCCUCUUGCCGCGAGCUCAUAAGCAGGUGGGAGACAGUUCAUUCGCGGUGCGAUUCCCUGACAACUGUGGAUUUCGAUUAUUCGCGAGGUUCCGGAUUUUGAAAUUUGCCUGCUUUUCGAUCGUUCGCUUUUCCUCUUAGAUUAUCGUCUUGUGAACACGGUGUUCACCGCAGAGAUACCUUGACUUCAAAAACCUUGAUACUAAACAUAUUCCUCUACUAAGUCUCCACCUGUCGACAUACAUGAUAUAAAAUUGAUGCUGCAAUAUAGUUGACUCUCGUAUGCAAGUAAUCUAGCAAUCGAUUUUCUACUAAUUGCUCGAAUACUCCUCUGGUGUCUCACUCGCUCGUGAGAUCUAGAUGUAGAUACCUAAGGUGCAAUCUUGACAUCAAUAAGUUUCCGCUUUAAGAGCAAAGUAGAUCUACACAUUGAGCCUUUCAAUACGUAAAUGUACAUCAUUGACCGUGAGAAUGCAACGUGAGAAUGAC